UUGCUGUUAUUUGGUUUUAUUUUUAAUUGCAGGAUUUUGCACUUAAAUAUACUGAAGGCAGAGUUUUUUGAGCCAUUUCAACAGUGUCUCAUUCUUGCAUGGUUAGCUUGCAGCUGGGGUUUUGGCAGUGAGUGUAAGAUAAUAGUAAUAUUGUCGUAAUUAAGGGGACUGGUUGGAAUACGUUCAGCUGAAGGCGAUGUAAGAAUUUGGGGGUUUGUAUUUAAGUCUUAACCAUCACCAGGAUUUUUACGUAGAAUGUAAACAUUUUCAUGGUUGGAAAAAUAAACCGGUACUAUUUGAAAUGGAAUACCAGAACCUCACCCUUAGUAUUUUUUUUGUGAAACGUGUAAUGAAAAUAGCCUCCCCUUUGAGAUGAAUAAGGUUGUAGGCUCUGAUAAGCUGUCCGGUCUUUGAAAACGUCUGAAAAGUGGGGCAAAAGUAUCGGGUGAAGUAGUUACAAGGUAAAUAGAAGUGUAUAUAUAUAUGUAUUUUUUUUCUUGGAAAAAAAGUAUGUUAGCAUUCAGCUUAUUUUUGUUGAAUGAAGUUACAAACAGUUUCAUUCAGUUGUACUGCUGAGUUAAUUUUGAAAACCCAGCAGUGUUUAAAACAUGGCACUUUAUGAGUUUUAAGGAACUAUGUGUUGCGGUAUCUUUAUUAGUGUGCUUUAUAUUUAUGGCUGUCUUUGGAGGGAGAAAAAUAGCUGUUUCUGUUUACUAAAUGCUGCAGAAAUGUCAAGAUCAAAUAUUACAAAGUUCUAAAUUAUAAUUUUCAGGUCAUUAUCAAAUAAUCCAACUUAGUAAUGAACACGUGAUGUUUAAGACAGUUUCCCAUUUAAAGGCGCUCGCAAUCACAUAAGACUCAAGUGAUAUUGUUGUUAGUUGCCAUCGAUUAUGACUCAUGGCCACCUUAUGCCUGCAGGGUUGAACUGCUCUGUAGGGUUUUUAAGGUGGUGACCUUUUGCCAAGGUGUCUGUAGGUGGGUUUGAACCGCCAAUCUAGAGGAACUGACUAGAAGGACCUGUGUACAUCGAUCAAAAGUGAGGAAACAUCAAGAAGCAAGUCCUUGGAUAAGUAAUGACGUUGAAAUCAGCAGUCGAUACUUAACAGUUUGGAGCAAAAAAUAAUGGAAAACUCCUGGAGAAGAUGGGGUUUAAAAGCCUCUUUGGAGGCUGGCCGUCCACAGAACGGGACUAUUAAGUGUUAGGUUGAAAGUGAAGCUCUGUGAAUGCAGCAGUCAGAAAAGCGGAAGCUAUGACAGUAAGCAUCUUUAAAACUCUUUUACUGUUGGAGAAUUCUUAUAACUGAACUUGUUUCUGAAAUACUCCGUGCCUGUUUUUGGAAUUAUAGAACUUAAUGGCUCAAUCAUCAAACCACGUUCUUCAGCUACUGCAGGUUCUUUUUGGUGACUAUGGGAAGAGGAAAAAGAAGCUAGGAAGAUUUUUUAAACGGUCAUUUGAUUUGACGACAGACUUCGUAUGGUCUUCUGAACUGUAGAACUGGGGUCUCCUGUGUCUUCCAUCAGAAGUUCAGCGCCUUCCUUGGCUUCUCCAGAGUCCCAGAAUAUGACAGAUACCUAGCAUCUAGCAAAAUAAUGGCAGCUGCUUACCUUGACCCAAACUUGAAUCACACGCCAAAUUCGAGUACUAAGACUCACCUGGGUACUGGUAUGGAACGUUCUCCUGGGACAAUGGAGCGAGUAUUAAAGGUCUUUCAUUAUUUUGAAAGCAAUAGUGAACCAACCACAUGGGCCAGUAUUAUCAGACAUGGAGAUGCUACUGAUGUCAGGGGCAUCAUUCAGAAGAUAGUGGACAGUCACAAAGUAAAGCACGUGGCCUGCUAUGGAUUCCGCCUCAGUCACCUGCUGUCGGAGGAGGUUCACUGGCUCCAUUUGGAUAUGGGUGUUUCCAAUGUGAGGGAGAAGUACGAACUUGCACACCCCCCAGAGGAGUGGAAAUAUGAAUUGAGAAUUCGUUAUUUGCCAAAAGGAUUUCUAAACCAGUUUACUGAAGAUAAGCCAACUUUGAAUUUCUUCUAUCAACAGGUGAAGAGCGAUUAUAUGUUAGAGAUAGCUGAUCAAGUGGACCAGGAAAUUGCUUUGAAGUUGGGCUGUCUAGAAAUACGGCGCUCAUACUGGGAGAUGCGGGGCAACGCGCUGGAAAAGAAGUCUAACUAUGAAGUAUUAGAAAAAGAUGUUGGUUUAAAGCGAUUUUUCCCUAAGAGUUUACUGGAUUCUGUCAAGGCCAAAACACUAAGAAAACUGAUCCAACAGACGUUUAGACAAUUUGCCAACCUUAAUAGAGAAGAAAGUAUUCUGAAAUUCUUUGAGAUUCUCUCCCCUGUGUACAGAUUUGAUAAAGAAUGCUUCAAAUGUGCUCUUGGUUCAAGCUGGAUUAUUUCAGUGGAACUGGCAAUCGGCCCAGAAGAAGGCAUCAGUUACCUAACGGACAAGGGCUGCAACCCUACACAUCUGGCCGACUUUAACCAAGUGCAGACCAUCCAGUAUUCAAACAGCGAAGACAAGGACAGAAAAGGAAUGCUACAGCUAAAAAUAGCAGGCGCACCCGAGCCUCUGACAGUGACGGCCCCAUCCUUAACCAUUGCAGAGAAUAUGGCUGACUUGAUCGAUGGCUACUGCCGGCUGGUGAAUGGAGCCACGCAGUCUUUCAUCAUCAGACCCCAGAAAGAAGGUGAACGGGCUUUACCAUCAAUACCAAAGCUCGCCAACAGCGAGAAGCAGGGCGUGCGGACCCACGCUGUCUCCGUGUCAGAGACAGACGACUAUGCUGAGAUUAUAGAUGAAGAAGAUACGUACACCAUGCCCUCCACCAGGGAUUAUGAGAUUCAAAGAGAAAGAAUAGAACUUGGACGAUGUAUUGGAGAAGGCCAGUUCGGAGAUGUACAUCAAGGAGUGUAUAUGAGUCCGGAGAAUCCAGCUUUGGCGGUUGCAAUUAAAACGUGUAAAAACUGUACUUCGGACAGCGUGAGAGAGAAAUUCCUUCAAGAAGCCUUAACAAUGCGUCAGUUUGACCAUCCUCACAUCGUGAAGCUGAUUGGUGUCAUCACGGAGAAUCCCGUCUGGAUAAUCAUGGAGCUGUGCACGCUUGGGGAGCUGAGGUCAUUUUUGCAAAUGAGGAAAUACAGUUUGGAUCUGGCGUCUUUGAUUCUGUAUGCCUACCAACUGAGUACAGCUCUUGCAUAUCUAGAGAGCAAAAGAUUUGUACACAGGGACAUUGCUGCUCGGAACGUUCUGGUGUCUUCGCCUGAUUGUGUAAAACUAGGAGACUUUGGGUUAUCCCGGUGCAUGGAAGACAGCACCUACUACAAAGCUUCCAAAGGAAAAUUGCCGAUUAAGUGGAUGGCUCCAGAGUCCAUCAAUUUUCGACGUUUUACCUCAGCUAGUGACGUGUGGAUGUUUGGUGUGUGUAUGUGGGAGAUUUUGAUGCAUGGUGUGAAGCCUUUUCAAGGAGUGAAGAACAAUGAUGUGAUCGGUCGGAUUGAAAAUGGGGAGAGAUUACCAAUGCCUCCAAAUUGUCCUCCUACCCUCUACAGCCUUAUGACGAAGUGCUGGGCCUAUGACCCCAGCAGGCGGCCCAGGUUUACUGAACUUAAAGCGCAGCUCAGCACAAUCCUGGAGGAAGAGAAGGUUCAGCAAGAAGAGCGCAUGAGAAUGGAGUCCAGAAGACAGGUCACAGUGUCCUGGGACUCUGGAGGGUCCGAUGAAGCACCUCCCAAGCCCAGCAGACCUGGUUAUCCCAGUCCGAGGUCAAGUGAAGGAUUUUAUCCCAGCCCACAGCACGUGGUACAAACCAAUCAUUACCAGGUCUCUGGCUACCCUGGCUCCCAUGGAAUCACAGCCAUGGCUGGCAGCAUCUACCCGGGCCAGGCCUCUCUUCUGGACCAAACAGACUCGUGGAAUCACAGACCUCAGGAGGUAUCAAUGUGGCAGCCCAACGUGGAGGACUCUGCAGCAUUGGACAUGCGAGGAAUUGGGCAGGUACUGCCAGCCCACCUGAUGGAAGAGCGGCUGAUCCGACAGCAACAGGAGAUGGAAGAAGACCAGCGCUGGCUGGAGAAAGAGGAGAGAUUCCUGAAGCCGGACGUGAGGCUCUCUCGGGGCAGCAUCGACAGGGAGGACGGAGGUCUCCAAGGCCCGACUGGAAACCAACACAUAUAUCAGCCUGUGGGUAAGCCAGAUCCUGCAGCUCCACCAAAGAAACCCCCGCGCCCUGGAGCCCCCAGCCACCUGGGCAGCCUUGCCAGCCUCAGCAGCCCUGGGGACAGCUACAACGAGGGCGUCAAGCUCCAGCCCCAGGAGAUCAGCCCUCCGCCCACGGCCAAUCUCGACCGCUCCAACGACAAGGUGUACGAGAACGUCACUGGCCUAGUGAAAGCUGUCAUUGAGAUGUCCAGUAAAAUCCAGCCGGCCCCGCCAGAGGAGUACGUGCCUAUGGUGAAGGAAGUCGGCUUGGCCCUGAGGACAUUACUGGCGACUGUGGAUGAGACCAUUCCCGUCCUGCCAGCCAGCACACACCGAGAGAUUGAGAUGGCCCAGAAGCUGCUGAACUCCGACCUAGGGGGGCUCAUCAACAAGAUGAAGCUGGCCCAGCAGUACGUCAUGACCAGCCUCCAGCAGGAGUACAAGAAGCAAAUGCUGACCGCUGCGCAUGCCCUGGCCGUGGAUGCCAAAAACCUGCUGGACGUCAUUGACCAAGCAAGACUGAAAAUGCUGGCGCAGACGAGACCGCACUGAGGCUGGCCGAGGAGCAGGCCUGCCGCCGGACUGGAGCGCCCCUCCAGACGUUCUCGCCUUCCACCAGCAGUGAGGAGCUAGCCCUGUGCCCUCCGUUGCCAGCACUUACAACUCUGGCUCUCCUGACUGACAGCUGGUUGAAAUCUCCUCUCUCAUGUAUGUUCAACCACAUUUUGAUUUGGGUUGGUUUUUUGUUUUGUUUUAAUCGUGAUGUUCAGAAAAGUCGGGGAUCCAAGAUGUGGCAAUUUUCUGAGGAUGAAAACCGUACCCAGGAAGCUUUUAAGGAGCGUAACAAACAGUUUGUAUUCACGCUAGCAUGUGUAUUAAAGGAAACAGCCAAGAGCUGACGCGUUAAUUCCUGAACUGUCGAAGCGGCAUAUCGGAAGAAGAGAGAAUGACCUGAAGAAUUCCGGGAAACCCACGGGCUGAGAAUUCUUUCACCUACCAUAGAAUGAUUACCCAGACUGGGAUCCUUGUUUGUUAGAACACCCUCCAGUUGCAGUAUGCUAAUACCACUUUACAAAGAAAGAGUAUAAAAGCUAUAUUUUGAAGACUUGAGUCAUUCAAAAACAAAAAAAGACUGCGACCCUUUCCGUCUUUGCUGCCUUUUACUUUGAUGUGGAUACGUGAAGCGUUUGGUGGGAACUAGCUGUAGAACGUUACUGAGAACUCCUGUCUUUUUCACCAGAAUAGUGUGCCAGUUGUUCAUAGCAGCGCUAUUUCUCUCGGGAGCAGCAGUGCUUUGUACCAGAGCACCUCCAAACUGCGUUGAGAAGUCCCGUAACCAGCCCUGUUGUCCAUUUUUAUAUAAUUUAUAAAGAAAGAUUAAAGCCAUGUUGACUAUUUUACAGCCACUGGAGUUAACCACCCCUUCACUGUGUCUGUCUUCCCAGGAGAGAUUUCAGCAGAACAGGGAUUUGGUUUUCUCUUGAUGUCCGGUUAUACCAUUCAUUCUGUUAAAUAAUAAUUUUGAAAAACAUGCCCUCCCUUUAGUUUGUUGGGGGAUAUAAAUUAUUCUCAGGAAGAAUAUAAUGAACUGUACAGUUACUUUGACCUAUUAAAAAGGUGUUACCAGUAAA